GAAAGAGAAGGGGAAAGAAAGGAAGAGUGCGAGAGGUGAAAGAAGAGAGAGAGAGAGGGGGGGGGUUGAGAGAAUAAGAGUGGAAGACGAGGUCUAGGUGUCAGCGAUUGUGCGUGGCAGAAGAGUAUAAAGAAAGAAGAGAGGAAGAGAUUCGGUGAUUUUUUUCUUUGAACAGAGUGCACGCUCAUAAAAGAAGAAAAGGAAAAGAAGAAGCUUGUGGUGGCUGCGUAUCGUGAGGACGCGAAAGCAAGCCGUGUACGGAUCCUUCUUAGCGCGUGUCGCGCAUCUCCCGGAGGCGGCGCGAAAUUAUGAAGCGUAUAAAGUGCGUCCUACUGGCCGCCGCAGCUGCCGUUUGUGAUUGUGAUAGUCGCCGGUGAAUGUGUGACCCGGGGGCAGCAGAGAUCCGCCGGGAUGACGACCGAAGGGACGACCGUGCAGCCCCCGGUGACAUUAGAAGGCUGCCUCAAGGAACGGAAAUGGUGGUGCUUCCUGCUGUCAAGCAUCUUCACCUUCCUCGCCGGGCUGCUGAUCGUGCUCCUCUGGCGUGCGUUCGCCUUCCUCUGCUGUCGCAAGGAGCCCGAACUCUCCCCAAAUGACCCGAAGCAGAAGGAGCAAAAGACGGCCCGCCAGGGCAAGGAGUUCGAGGGGACUUUUAUGACCGAGGCCAAGGACUGGGCCGGCGAGCUGAUUUCCGGACAGACCACCACUGGACGUAUCCUGGUGGUGUUAGUUUUCAUUCUCAGUAUAGCAUCGCUUAUAAUAUACUUCAUCGAUGCCUCCAGCGAAGUGGUGGAGCGUUGCCAGAAGUGGAGCAACAACAUUACUCAGCAGAUAGACUUAGCUUUCAAUAUAUUUUUUAUGGUCUACUUUUUUAUACGCUUUAUCGCCGCCAGUGACAAGCUGUGGUUCAUGUUGGAGAUGUAUUCGUUCGUGGACUACUUUACGAUACCACCGUCCUUCGUGUCGAUAUAUCUCGAUCGGACGUGGAUCGGACUGAGGUUCCUCCGAGCCCUACGACUGAUGACGGUCCCUGACAUCCUCCAGUACCUUAACAUUCUAAAGACAUCGAGCUCUAUUCGUCUUGCCCAACUCGUCUCCAUCUUCAUUUCGGUCUGGUUAACCGCUGCUGGCAUCAUUCAUUUGCUUGAAAACUCAGGGGACCCUUUCGACUUCUCGAACCCACAACAGCUUUCGUAUUGGACCUGUGUGUACUUUCUAAUCGUGACGAUGUCCACGGUAGGAUAUGGCGACGUUUACUGCCAGACGGUCCUCGGCCGCACAUUCCUAGUAUUUUUUCUACUCGUCGGUUUGGCCAUAUUCGCCAGUUGUAUCCCUGAGAUAAUUGACCUGAUCGGGACGCGAAACAAGUACGGCGGCACUUUGAAGAACGAGCGAGGUCGCAGACAUAUUGUCGUGUGCGGCCACAUCACCUACGAAUCGGUCUCGCACUUCCUCAAGGAUUUCCUACAUGAGGAUCGCGAGGACGUCGACGUAGAAGUUGUCUUCUUGCAUAGGAAACCGCCUGAUCUCGAACUGGAAGGACUGUUCAAGCGGCACUUCACCACCGUGGAGUUCUUUCAGGGGACCAUCAUGAACCCGAUUGAUCUACAGCGGGUUAAGGUACACGAGGCGGACGCGUGUUUGGUACUGGCGAACAAGUACUGCCAGGACCCGGACGCGGAAGACGCGGCGAACAUCAUGCGCGUCAUCUCCAUCAAGAAUUAUUCAGAUGACAUUCGCGUUAUCAUUCAAUUAAUGCAGUAUCACAACAAGGCCUACUUAUUAAACAUUCCAUCAUGGGACUGGAAGCAAGGUGACGACGUCAUAUGCCUGGCCGAAUUGAAACUGGGUUUCAUCGCGCAGUCCUGCCUCGCGCCUGGAUUCAGCACAAUGAUGGCGAAUCUCUUCGCGAUGCGAUCCUUUAAGACGUCGCCCGAUAUGCAGGAUUGGCAGAAUGACUACCUGCGUGGAACUGGAAUGGAGAUGUACACCGAGACACUGAGCCCUACCUUCAUUGGAAUGCCCUUUGCGAAAGCCACUGAGUUGUGCUUCACAAAACUGAAGCUCUUGCUGCUGGCUAUCGAGAUAAAGGGCGAAGGAGGCUCCGACAGUAAAAUCUCGAUUAACCCACGUGGUGCCAAGAUCGCUGCAAAUACUCAGGGAUUCUUCAUUGCUCAAUCUGCUGACGAAGUAAAGCGGGCGUGGUUCUAUUGCAAAGCAUGCCACGAGGAUAUUAAAGACGAGACUCUGAUCAAGAAGUGCAAGUGCAAAAAUUAUGUGGGGAUGAUGAUGAUGCAGACUGGCAUGGUGAAGGGAAACACUGCCUACAGCAGUUAUCUCGACGUGGCCACAUUCCGGAAAGGCGUGCGAGCUGUUCAGAUGGUUGGAAGAGCAAACGACCACCAUCCUCCCCCCACAUUCACUCCGCCAGAACUGCCCAAGAUGGUUCACGUAAGAGGUGAAAUCAGCCGUGAACGAGACGAUCCGAAUGCUAUGAGAAAUCAUCGGAAUUCCAUCGGGAUGACCAUGAUAAAUUCAACGAAGCAGGUCAACAAGGUGAAGCCAAACGUAAAUCGAGCGACGAAUGACAGUCUGUCCAGCCCGAAUCAGCCGUAUAAUCAAAGAUCGCAAGAGGAGUCCGCAUACGCUGGCUACCAUCUCGCCUACGAAGUCAAAAAGCUCAUGCCAACGAGUAGAGCCUCGGGUGGCACAAACGUUAACAACAACGGUGGUCUUCAGGUCGGGAUCGCUGACGAUCAAGCGAAAGAUUUUGAUUUCGAGAAGACCGAGAUGAAAUACGACUCAACGGGGAUGUUCCAUUGGAGCCCCUCCCGUAAUCUCGAAGACUGCAUACUGGAUCGUAAUCAGGCGGCGAUGACAGUUCUUAACGGACAUGUUGUCGUCUGCCUGUUCGCCGAUCCCGACUCGCCCCUCAUCGGACUGAGGAACCUUGUCAUGCCAUUACGAGCUUCCAAUUUUCAUUACCACGAGCUUAAACACGUAGUGAUAGUUGGAUCGGUGGACUACAUACGCCGCGAGUGGAAAAUGCUGCAAAAUCUACCGAAGAUAUCGGUUCUAAAUGGUUCACCAUUAAGUAGAGCCGAUUUGCGUGCCGUUAACGUGAAUUUAUGCGACAUGUGUUGCAUCCUGUCGGCUAAAGUGCCUAGCAAUGAUGACCCCACCCUCGCCGACAAGGAGGCCAUCCUCGCAUCCCUCAAUAUCAAGGCCAUGACUUUCGAUGAUACAAUCGGCGUGCUUAGCCAAGUUGGCAGCCCGAUUGUCUUGCAAAGACGGGGAUCUGUUUAUGGAGCAAAUGUGCCAAUGAUCACAGAGCUUGUGAAUGACAGCAAUGUGCAAUUCCUUGACCAGGACGACGACGAUGACCCGGACACAGAACUCUACCUCACUCAACCGUUCGCCUGUGGUACUGCCUUCGCAGUCAGUGUAUUGGAUUCUCUUAUGUCGACGACAUAUUUCAACCAAAAUGCGCUAACUCUAAUUCGGUCACUGAUCACCGGUGGAGCUACGCCUGAGUUGGAAUUGAUCCUGGCUGAAGGAGCAGGCUUAAGGGGAGGGUACAGUACGGCAGAUAGUCUGGCUAAUAGGGAUCGGUGUCGUGUUGGUCAGAUCGCGUUGUAUGACGGGCCAUUGGCUCAAUAUGGCGAGGGAGGCAAGUACGGUGACCUCUUUGUCGCAGCAUUAAAGUCGUACGGAAUGCUGUGCAUUGGUCUGUACAGGUACAGGUUUCGAGACACUAGCUCGUCGUGCGACGCCUCUUCCAAGCGAUACGUGAUCACAAAUCCACCCGAUGACUUUACAUUAUUACCUACGGAUCAGGUUUUCGUGCUGAUGCAAUUCGAUCCGGGUCUCGAAUACAGGCCGAGCAGAGGUGCCCGAGGCAAGGACGACUCCUCCUGAUUGUUGCUGUGUAGCGCCCUCACCGAUGGACCAUAUUCUUACAUCUAAUCAUGCAUUAGAAACCAUCGUGCAGUCCGUCGUCCCUACAACUGUCCUGUCUUCGUCAACGAACGCCACUAUCUCAUGAUAUCGCGCAUUAUCAACGAGUUUAUCGCGAGUUAUUGUUCACAAGGCGGAUUGCAACCAUGUCCAUUUCUUCGAUUGACCGAUACAUACAGCGACAGUGCAUAGCAAACGUAACGCUUAUUCGCCAAUUCAAUCACCUAAAAAGUCUUAUCUCGUUCGCCCCGCAUGGAAAUCGUUUUCAUCGAGUCGUCGAAUAUCUCGAGAGUGAUGCUCGAUCGUCAGAACGAGGACUCGGAAAAAAAAGCCUAAUGAACAAGUUAUCAAAGAGAUGCGAGAAGGAUGAAGAGGAUGAUGCGAGAAGAGGAGGACAAUGGAAGGGGCAACGGAAAAUGGCAUGAUGCUGUGCGGUCCGAGGGUAGCUACACAUCUCUCUUUCUUUAUUCGAGCAAAUCAUAUUCGCUCGAAGACGAUGCUAUAAGGACUGAAUUAGACAUUUCGCAAAACGUAAAACACUGUGUUAUUAAGCCUCCUUAAUCCUUUGUGGCUGGAAAGGAGGAAAGUGAACGCGGGAAAGGACACAUAGCUUAAAGUUCUAGCACGUGGCUUAACGAGCGCUGUGGAAUUGCAGUAUCCUGCGCGGUGGAACGGAAAAACAAUCGCCGUCACAGUAAAAUCUCCGGUUUCUUUAUUCUCCGGCACACAUGUUAAUGUAUAUAAUACGUAAUCCAGAGAACACCGUCGUUCAACGUGCUGUGAGAGGGCGACGAGACGACGGGAAGAGGCGGAGAAGUGCAGCGAACUGGACACGUUCGUCGAUGUUCCCUCAUCGAGAGACUCUUCUCAUCCCGAUCUCGCGUCGGACUCUCGUGGACGGUGCCGGACUACACACAAUCCUUACCUCGUGUGUCUUGUUUUACGACUAAUGAAACCGAAAGAAAAUCUCAAUCAAGCACUUUCUACAGGCUCUAUAUAUAUAUGUAUAUACAUGUAUACAUAUAUACAUAUAGAUAAAUUACGAUAAAAUACCCUU